AAAGUCCUCUCCUGAUUAAGCCCCAAGAGCUUGCCCUGCAGCUGGUGCCCUGGUGGCUCAGCCUUGUCUAAGUCCCUGCCUCACCAGGUCCCGGCCUCUCUGCAGUCCCAGCUCCUUCGCUGGCCCACCAUCCCUCAGGCAUGCAGGGAGCCCACAUGCUGCAGCUGCUGCUGCUGGGCCUGGGAACACAGCUGUCCCAUGGAUUCAUCCCAGCUGAGGAGGAAGACCCAACCUUCUGGAACUACCAGGCAGCCCAGGCUCUGGACGCGGCCAAGAAGCUGCAGCCCAUCCAAACAGCCACCAAGAACCUCAUUCUCUUCCUGGGGGACGGGAUGGGGGUGCCCACAGUGAGCGCAGCUCGGAUCCUAAAGGCACAGAUGAAUGGCAAGCUGGGACCUGAGACCCCCCUGGCCAUGGACAAGUUCCCGUACAUGGCUCUGGCCAAGACAUACAACGUGGACAGACAAGUGCCAGACAGUGCAGGCACGGCCACGGCCUACCUGUGUGGUGUCAAAACCAACUACCGGACCAUCGGUGUGAGUGCCGCGGCCCGGUAUAACCAGUGCAACACCACACGUGGCAACGAGGUCAUCUCCGUGAUGAGCCGGGCCAAGAAAGCAGGGAAGUCAGUGGGGGUGGUGACCACAACGAGGGUGCAGCACGCCUCGCCAGCAGGCACCUAUGCGCACACGGUGAACCGCGAAUGGUACUCGGACGCAGACAUGCCUGCCCAGGCACUGAAGGACGGCUGUCAGGACAUUGCCACUCAGCUCAUCUCCAACGUGGACAUUGAUGUGAUCCUGGGUGGAGGCCGCAAGUACAUGUUUCCCAAGGGCACCCCAGACCCUGAGUACCCUGGUGACGCCUCACAUCAAGGAACCAGGUUAGACAUGCGGAACCUGGUUCAGGAGUGGCUGGCCAAGCACGAGGGCGCCCAGUACGUGUGGAACCGAACAGCGCUCCUCCAGGCGUCCCAGAACCACUCCGUGACACACCUCAUGGGCCUGUUUGAGCCAAAGGACAUGAAGUAUGAGGCCCAAAGAGACAGCAAGCAGGACCCGAGCCUGAAGGAGAUGACAGAGGCCGCCUUGCGCCUGCUGAGCAGGAACCCCCGGGGCUUCUACCUCUUCGUGGAGGGGGGCCGCAUUGACCAAGGCCACCAUGCGGGAAGAGCCUACUUCGCACUGACCGAGGCUGUCGGUUUUGAUGACGCCAUUAACAGGGCCAGCCAGCUCACCAGCGAGAAGGACACACUGACCCUUGUCACCGCCGACCACUCUCACGUCUUCACUUUUGGCGGUUACACUCUGCGUGGCACCUCCAUUUUCGGGCUGGCUCCUGAGGCAGCUUCCGAUGGCAAGACCUACACCUCCAUCCUUUAUGGCAACGGCCCCGGCUUCGUGAUCAGCGGGGGCUCCCGUCCCAACGUCAGUGACAGCCAGAGCAAUGACCCCAACUACAAGCAGCAGGCGGCCGUGCCCCUGUCGUCCGAGACCCACGGUGGGGAGGACGUGGCGGUGUUCGCGCGUGGCCCGCAGGCGCACCUAAUGCACGGGGUGCAGGAGCAGAGCCUGGUGGCGCAUCUCAUGGCCUUCGCUGCCUGCCUGGAGCCCUACACCGCCUGCGGCCUGGAGCCCCCCGCCAACGCCAGCAUCCCCGGGCCCAGCACCGACGCGGCGCACCCCGGGCCGUCCACGGCGCUGGCCGCGGUGACGGGGGCUCUGUGGCUGGUACUGCUGGGGAGAGUGGUGCCCUGACCAUCCCACUCCCGUGGGCCCCCCUCCGAUGUCAGCCGAACCCCUGCCCACCGCUUCCACCUCGGGCCUCUACCUCUGACCUUUACCUGUUGGCAAUAAAUGAGCCUCAGCUGGUUCAGCGCUGCCCGAGCCCCACCCUGCGGGCCUGAUGGUAGGGCGCCCUGGAGGCUGAGGCAGUGGCUUUCCUGCCGCACCCACCGUCCUCCUAGGUUGCUCCCCGCCACCCUCCACCCCCACCCCCCAAACUGGCAGACUGAGACGUGAGCAGUGUCCAGGCGCCCUGAUAACAGUGGCCUCCUGUCACCCUGCAACUGGCCCUGAGGGUGCUGUGUUGAUGGAGGAGUCACAUGGGGGAGGGGGUCACAUAGGGAGGGUGCACUUCUAUAGGAUCGCUGGGCCUGGUACCCAGAGGAAUAAGUAGAGACACAGAACAGUCCCAAGCCACUCGCAAUGGCCUUUCAGACUAGGAGAGCCGAGAAGCUUUGGGCAGCCCCAGCGCAGCCCUUGCUCCCACCCUGAGCCGAGUGGGCACUGGGCAUAGAUUGGUGACCAGGAGAUACCUUCCCCCAGGGGCCUCUAUUCUGGGAGGGACUCAGGGAUCAUCAACUAAACAGUUAUACAAUAUAUACCCAUGCUGUUAUGUUCUGGAAAGAAAUAUCAUUAGCAUGCGGUGCCACAGAAUGUGUGUGUGAGCCAGGGGAGGGGAAAGGUGACUCAGAUCAGGAGGGCAGGGGGCAGGGAGGGGCUCCCUGAGGAGCAGGCAGGUGCGCCCAGACUGGAGGCAGGAGGGCUUGAGCAAUGCUGAAAGAACAGCGCUGAGGCAGCAAUCAACGCUGCUGAGGCCAGAGGCUGGAUCAAAGGAGAUUUCCGGGAAGCGAGGGGCGAGGCUGGGGGAGGAGCUCAGAACUGCCCCACAGGCUGGUUUGUGAGCGGAGGCUUUGAGCACUGGCAUCACAGCCCUGACUCUCUCGGACUGACGGUGGGGAGAAGACUAGAUUCUGUUUUGUUGGAGGGGGCGGGACAGAAGCAGGAGAUGGGAAACCCCAGGGGAGAUGCGGACACAAACCUGUCUGACCUCCAUCCCAGGGCCAACAUUCUGGGUGAACCCACUCCAGUACAGCUACACUCACUGAGUGUCUAACCCACCCAAAGGGAACAUUUAAAAGAAGCCCAGAAAGGUGAAAUCAACCCUAUUUCCCAAUGCACGUUAACAGAAUUACACAUUUAUUUAUCCAUUGACAAAGGUGCAGAAAACCACUUGGCUCUGACUGGGAAUACUAAGAUGAGAGCAUGCUUCCUCAUUCACUGCCAUCCUGACUAACACUCACAUCGCCUGAAGGCCUGGGUGUCAGGGCGGUUGAGUCCAAUCCUGGGCUUUGGUGGCUGUCACAAGCAUGGGAGCGAGAUGGGAGAGGGCAUCGUCCGCUGGGCUCACUGAGCGCCUCAUCACCGGGAACUCCGUGCACAGGGUGUGCAAAGGGCUGUGUUAGAACCCAGCAGCUGUCUGUCUUCCCUUUGUCCGUCAGUGGAUCUGACCCACCAGUGGGGAGGUGCCACAUGUUUGCUUCAUCAAUGGACUCAGAACACAAGGUAGCCCUACAUUUUAAAACUCUACAGGUUUUAGAAAUAGAUUGUUCUAGAAUUAUUGAUGGCCACACAACUUCAAACAUUCUAAAGGACAUUGACCUGUGCACUUUAAAAGGGUGAAUUUUAUGGUAUAUAAAUCAUAUCUAAAUUUUA